AUGCUGAACGGUACAGCGGACUCUGGGGCAUUAUCGGUGCAGUCAUCACCGGUCAAAGUGUCUCCGUCACCAAUCAAAUCCAGUCCAGUAAAAGCCUCACCGAGCCCCGUCAGGGCCCCGUCAUCACCUCUAAAAUCUUCUCUAUCACCGAGUGGAAAGCAGAGAUCACCCAGAAAGUGUCAGUUCGCGGCCCCCGCUGAGGAUUCUCGAGACAAAUGUGGGACUUCCUGGCUUUGCAGGAGAGGCGCUGGGGUAGAUGGAGGGGAGACGAGCGUGGAAGCACCAGGCCCGAGCACUUUGCCACAGGGGUGCGAGGAAUCCGCCCCACCACCGAAGAACUGCUUCAGAUUAGUGAUGCUCGGGUCAGCACGAGGCGGGAAGACGUCCCUAGUGGCCCGUUUCUUGGGGAACAAGUUCGAAGACAGCUACACCCCGACCAUCGAGGAUUUCCAUCGCAAACUGUACAGGAUACGCGGCGAAGUGUACCAGCUCGACCUAUUGGACACUUCGGGGAAUCACCCGUUUCCCGCAAUGCGACGCCUUUCCUUCCUCACCGGGGAUCUCUUCGUGCUAGUCUUCGCGAUGGACUGCCGCGAGUCCUUCGAAGAGGUGAUCCGUCUGCGUGAGCAGAUCCUGGAGACGAAGGCCAGCGCGAGCAGUGGGAACUGUCGUGGGAGACGACAGGCCCCGAGGGUGCCAAUGGCGAUAGCUGGAAAUAAGUGUGAUAAGGAUCUAAAGACUGUGCAACCGGAGGAAGCCACGGCAUACUGCGCAACGCAAGACACUGCGUGCGUUUUCAUGGAGACCUCAGCCAAGAAGAAUUUCCACGUAGACGACCUGUUCUACGAGCUCUUCGUUGUAGCCAACUUACCAUUAGAAAUGGCGCCGAACCACCAUAAACGCGUGAACGCCGCGUUCGGCAGCCCAUGCACCCUACCCCCCACCAGCAGCCAAAGCAGUAGAAGUAAAAAAUGUACGUUAUCUAUAAAGAGACGAUUAUCAGACGCGUGUGGAGUGGUAGCUCCUAACGUGAGGAGGCCGAGCAUUCGCACAGACCUGAUGAUAAUGAGAACGAAGACCUGUGCCAAAGGUGAUGGGGACAGUGGGGGUGGUAGCCCCAAGCUCAAUUUAAAUCGUCUGGUCAGACCCAGCGCGCAAAGUGAUAAGCGGUCGUGUUCUAUACAAUAG